GUGUUACCCACAGUGCUUUGCGCUUUGAAGCCAUCUUGCAUCCACCAAAAAAGUUUCAGGAAAUCCUCUUAUUUUUAUGGAUUUAUGGAUAUAACUAAACAAAACCGUCAUAAGUUUGCAUUGGAUAUGAUAUAAGAGUCAAAAUGCUACAGAAACAGGUCACACUUCACGCAAUCGAGUGGAGUUUUCAUUGUAAAAUGACAGUUGAAAGAUGACAAAAAAUAUUCUGGGAUCGACCUCGUCGACUCAAAAUAUGAUGGCAAAUGACGAGAAAAGUUCUGUACAAAUGAUUACAGAAAACAUGGCUGUCAAUUCAAAUGAGGUGAACGUUUCAAACCAAAAUGUUGAUGAUGAUCAGGGCUCUAAACAGGACCCAGAAAUGUCUGGGGUUAGUAAACUUGAUAUCACGAAAAAGAAAACUGCCUUCCAGAUUACAAGUGUGCGCGUUAAAAAUAUGUCAGAGGUCGACGCUGACAGUUAUAGCAUGGAUGACCUUGAGGAGUCCCAUACUGAAGAUGUCAGUUCUGAUAUGUUGGAUUAUUCUCGCAAUACAGAUGUUGAGCCUGAUGCUGCAUCUGUGGAUACACUUCACAACUUUCCGAUCAACCCCAGUGAUAGUUUUAACGAGCACAUACUACGCAAUGAUUCUGUUUCUAGAUUUAGAGUUGUAAAAUUAGAAUCAAAGGAGCCAUUCAGGAAAGGGCGAUGGCAAUGCCACGAUUAUCUUGAACCAAAUGUCGAAAGAUCGGAUUCCAAAGUUGAGCAAGAGGGAGGCUCUGGAAACUCAAGUGCAGCUAGCUCUGUCCAUUAUGUCCCUGGAGUUGACGACCCAGCGAAGAAUCCGAUUACGAUAUCUAAGCAGCUAUCUGAUGGUCAAACACUGGUGGAGCCCCAGCCAGUAUACCCAAGUCAAAGUAUUAACGGACAAAGUGAUUUACAGACCUCUGGUGGUCAAGUCACAAAUCAGUCUAUUCAGCAGCAUUCACAGUCUACUUCACACUAUCAAUCCAACACCCAAGAAGUGCAAUCAACAAACAUUGUGCAACCCCAGCCUCCCAAUAUUUCACAGCCCCCUGGCCCACAUGAUGACAUAGGGCUGAAUCAAUCUGCGUAUGAUAUAGGUCAAAGCCCCGCUAAUGUUAGUAACAAUGAGUACACUAAUAUUGAUUAUACUAUACAAGCCCCUACCCCACAGGCUGAUUUAUCACAUUCAACAGAACAACAAGCUCAAAGUGUAUCUGUUUCAAAACAAAAUGUUCACUCCACAACCACCCCUCCAAGACAGGAGAGCACGCCUCCUAUACAAACGCAAGCACAAGCCCCUUCUAAUGCUCAACAAUCUAGCGAUCAAGAACAAAGAUACGACCAUGUAGCGAAAAACGGGACAUCUGACCUUAAUGUUAGCCAGUCUCAGCCUGAAUCAACUGCAGCCCUAGAUAGUUCCACGAGUGUUCCUGAUUCGACUACCGUUGCACCGGCAACCCAGCCCUCGGUUACACUCAGCACAGCUUCAGUGACUGACCAAGUUAUAGAUAGCAACGUAGGAGGAGCCGUAAGCACAAGUGAUGUCACUGAACAAGGAACAGUGGUACCACCCCGCAAUAGCACAACUAGUCCAGAUGAUGACGUCUUCACAAAGGAGACAGACCCUCCUACCCCAGCAGGAGUGGCAGGGCCAAGGGAUAUAAAACAGGAAAAGGCGGCAAAACCUGUCACUGUGGAUACAAAUAUUCCGACAACUCAGAACACACCAUCAGUAUUGCUCUCACUAGGCAGCAGUCGUGGGACCGCACAGACCCUACUCACGCCCCCUCUAUUGGAAAUCGUCGGCGGUUCAAGUUUAGAUGAAAAAGAAGGGGCUGAGGGGUAAGUUAUCCGAUUUUAUCCGUGUAAAAAUUUCAGAGUUAAUUCUCAUAUUUUGCCACAUUUUCAAAUUCACUUCAAAAGUGGUCUGGAUAUAUAUUAUUUUGGGCUAUUCGGGGUACCUUUUCAUAAAAUAUUUCAAUGAAAAUUCUGAAAUGUUUGCAUAAAACAAUUAAAAAAUCAAUGUGUGUGUGUAUAUUUGUUUUGUUGAUGGUGAAUUACGAUCUGAAAGUGUGAAAGAGGGAUAAAUGUUGAACAUGAUUGAAGAUCAUGUAUUCAACAUUCUGAAUGGUCUUAUCCUGUAUAGCUUUAGGCUUUAGUUUAUUUACUUUCUGCAUGGAAAAUGUUCGAUAUAUGUAUGAAUGAUGCGUGAAUGAUGUCAGGGGAUAAA